AAGAAAUAUAGGCAAAGAAUAGGGAAAAAAAUAGAGAAGAAAUACACACGAAGGUUUGGUUCGUCUUUAACCCAGACCAACAUCAAAGAAGAACAACCCAAAACAAGGCAAGGAAGAGAACAUAUAAUAGCAGAGAGAGGAAGCGCCAAGAACGAAGACACUGUUACUAAUUACCCUAUCUUUCUCUCGCCACAAACCAUACUUUUCGAUCUUCCUUCUUCUAACGCUACAAAUUCAAACUACAGCUACGCUCGUCUCUCCGAUCUAUCAUCUUCUUUAUAUCUUUCUUUUCUUGGGGAGGUUUCUCGUUCGUUUGCGCGCGCCGGUGCGCGAAUUAUACGCAUUUGCUUCGGCUUUGACCCGUUUCGUGAUUGUGUGUGGAAUUUAGGGUUUUCAAUUGGAACGAGGAUUGAAUUGAGGCGAAGCAUUUGCAGCAUGAGCAUCGACAGCCCUGGGCGAGGGGACUGCUAGGGUUUCGAGGUUCUUACGUCGAGGGUGAGAUUUCCAUGGGCGAUGGAGGCGUCCCGUGCAUGCCUUUGCAGUAUAUUAUGGAGAGGUUGCCGAGUUCCGAGAAGACUGUUGUGUGCGGAGGCAAGAGUGGGAAUGGCUUCAAUUCCAAGUUGUUCAAGUUUGCUGGCAAUGAGAGGAGGAAGAUGAAGGCGAGAAAGAGUGAAUUGGUGUUGGACAGAGUGAGCAAGAGGAGCAGCAAUGAUGUUGAGAAUGGUGGCGAAGUGGAGAAACAGCAAGAGAAGGUGCAGAAGGAGGAAGUGGAGGAAGGUGAAUUGGGCACUUUGAAGUGGCCUAGGACUGACCUGGAAAAUGGGGAGUUCGUGCCAGAGAUGCCGCCACCAGCCCAACCGAGGAAGGGUGAGAUUGAGAACGGGGAGAUUGUGAGUGAGAAGUGGAAAGGAAGGGAGCUGGAGAAGGGGGAGAUUGCUUCUGGAAAAUGGAGGAAAGAGGAUGUUGAAAGAGGGGAGAUAGUUCCUGAGAAGGGUGGUAGGAAAGGGGAAGCUGAGAGAGGUGAAUAUGGGUCAUGGAGAGGUGUAAAUGAUGAAAUUGAGAAGGGAGAAUUCAUUCCGGAUAGAUGGUACAAGGGGGAUUAUGACAGUAGAAUCCGCAGGUACCAUUCAGGUAGGGACAAAGGGUGGAAAAUUGAACGUGAACGUGAAAGUACACCUUCUUCUGGGAGAUAUUCUGGGGAUGAUUUUUUUAGGAAGAAGGAUUUGAAUAUUCGUGGGAGUCAGCAUCCUAAAAGUUCUCCCAGGUGGGAGGGUGGACAACAGCGGAAUGUAAGGAUCAGUUCUAAGAUUGUGGAUGACGAGAAGAACGUUCACAGCAAUGGUAAGGACCAUGCACGAGAUUACACUUCUGGAAGUCGGUUGAAGAGGCUUGGUAAUGAUACUGACAGCUAUGAGCGGAAGCAUUCUGCAGAUUAUUCCGGUUUAAAAAGCCGAAGACUUUCUGAUGAUAGCUGUCGCCAAGUUUAUUCAGAAAACUAUUCUCGUCGUUCUGUGGAACGGUCUUACCGAACUAAUAAUGCUACCAAAGUAUCGGCAGAUAAAUAUGCAAGUAGGAAUCAUGAAUCUUCUUUGUCUAUUAGACAGGCUUAUGAUAGGCAUGGGCGCAGCCCUGGUCAUUCUGAGCGAUCCCCACGUGACCGAGGCAGGUAUUAUGAUCAUAGGGAUCGAACUCCAGUACGCAGGUCUCCUUGUGGUCGUGACAGAUCUCCAUAUAACCGGGAGAAGUCCCCACAUGGACGGGAGAGGUCCCCAUAUCCGUAUAACCGGGAGAAAUCCCCCUAUGGUCGGGAGAGGUCGCCAUAUACAAGGAACUGGGACAGAAGUCGUCAGCCUGAUCAUAAAUUGAGAAGUCCGACCCGUUCUGAGCAGUCACCACCCGAUCGAAGUCGGCGACACGAUCCUAAGGAUAGUACCACAAAUUUGUUAGAAGCAUCUACCCUUGAUCAGGCUAGGAAAGACAGUCGACGUGAUUCAAGUUGUAAAACCUUACCAAGUGAAAAACAUGAUUCCCAAAAUUCUUGUAAGGAUCAAGAGGAUAAGCAGACUCAGAGGGAUUCAAACUGUUCAAGUACUGAAUCUCAGAAUGAAAAAAGUGUGCAAGAGGCCAUCAAGUCAGUUGAGAAAGACAUCUGCAAUCAACCUUUAAACGAACACCGGAGUUGCAGUCCAACCGUUACCCACAAAGAAUCUCCUCUCUCCGAGCCACCUCCUGAGGAGAUGCCUUCUAUGGAAGAGGAUAUGGACAUUUGUGAUACCCCUCCACAUGUCCCUGUGGUGACAGAUUUGUCUUCAGGGAAAUGGUAUUACCUGGACUAUGGUGGUGUGGAAAAUGGGCCUGCUAAAUUGUGCGACAUCAAGGUCCUUGUGGAGGAAGGGGUACUAGUGUCAGAUCACUUUAUCAAGCACAUAGAUAGUGACAGGUGGUUAACAGUUGAAAAUGCCGCGUCACCUUUGGCACCUCAGAACUUUCCUUCAAUUGUGUCAGAUAGCAUAACUCAACUGGUAAAUCCCCCAGAAGCUCCUGGCAAUAUCUUGUCAGAUACAGCUGAUAUUUUUCAAUCUGCUCACGAGAAUCACCAGGAAAUGCUAACCCCCUCACCGCCUCCACUAGUGUGCCCCAUUGACAGUUUGCGUUCAUCUGAACUUUUGGAGGACUUCCACAUUGAUGAAAGAGUUAAAAAUCUCUUGGAGGGUUAUGAUGUCACUCCUGAGAUGGAACCUGAGGCAAUAAAAGAAGUGUUGCUAAUGAAUUUUGAAAAUGCAAGAGGGGAGGAAUCGAGAGAUUAUGAAGGUUUUCCUUGGAAUGUUUCCUGCCUUGGGGAAGAUUAUGAUUCUAGUACUGAUUUAGCAUCUAGAGAUUCUGAGUCUCAGUUAAGUAUGUCAUCUGAUAAGGAUAAUGGACUAGGCUUUGGUAUAUCUAGUGACUGGUUUUCCACCCGUUGGUCAUGUAAGGGUGGUGACUGGAAGAGGAAUGAUGAUUCCCUGGAUAGAUAUUCUAGAAAGAAACUUGUCCUAAAUAAUGGUUUUUCGUUAUGUCAAAUGCCAAAGUCUGGAUGUGAAGAUCCUCGUUGGCCUCAAAAAGAUGAACUGUAUUUUCCUUCUCAAAACAAGAGGCUUGAUCUUCCUCUGUGGGCUUUCUGUGCUGAUGAGCGGGAUGAAUGCAGUGCUGCAGGUAGAUCAGUUCAAAGUAAGUCUGUUUCUGUGAGAGGAGUGAAAGGCAAUGUUCUUUCAGUGGUCAGGAUAAAUGCAUGUGUAGUAAAGGACCAGGGGUCAUUGGUCUCUGAGUCACGCCACAAGACGCGGGGCAAGGAAAGACAUCAUUCUAGGUCAAGUCGGCCCUUCUCUGCAACCAGUGAUAGCAAGAGAUCAUCAACUGAACAUGAUUCCCAGUUAAAGGCUUUUAGUGAUCAAGGUUCUUACAGGAUCAUGGAAUUCCUUAACACUCCCAAAGACCAUCUUUGUACUGUCCAUGAGUUGCAAUUACAUUUGGGUGACUGGUAUUAUUAUGAUGGUUCUGGGCGUGAAAGGGGCCCCUCAUCAUUUUCAGAGCUACAGUACUUAGUAGAUCAGGGUAUCAUAAAAAGGCAUAGCAGUGUGUUCAGGAAAAGUGACAAACUCUGGGUUCCUAUCACCUCUGGAACAGAAACAUCUGAUGGCAGUCUCACGAUCCAACAAGAAAGCAGUUCAAUAUCUGGUUUUUCAUCAAAGCAAACUCAGGCAUGUGGUGAACCUUACACAAAUUCAAGUUUGUUUAACAGCUUGCAUCCUCAGUUUGUUGGUUAUACUCGUGGGAAGCUACAUGAGCUUGUGAUGAAAUCAUAUAAGAGCCGAGAGUUUGCUGCAGCUAUAAAUGAGGUUUUAGAUCCCUGGAUCAAUGCAAGACAACCGAAGAAAGAAAUUGAAAAACAACUAUAUUGGAAAUCAGAAGGUGAUGCACAUGCAACCAAGAGAGCCCGGUUACUUGUUGAUGAUAGUGAAGAUGACAGUGAUUUGGAAGAUGGUGAUUUUACUGUCGAGAAGGAUGAAUCUAGUUUUGAGGAUCUAUGUGGUGAUGCUACUUUUCCUGAAGAUGAAAUUGGUGCUACUGAUUCUCAAAUGGGAAGCUGGGAUAAUUUAAAUGGCCGUGUGCUAGCACAGAUUUUCCAUUUUUUGAAAUCUGAUUUGAAGUCCCUUGUUUUUGCUUCAUUGACUUGCAAGCGCUGGAGAGCUUCUGUAAGGUUUUAUAGAGAAGUGUCAAUGCAGGUCAAUUUGUCAUCCUUGGGUCAUUCCUGCACUGACGCCAUGUUGUGGAACAUUUUGAAUGGAUACGAGAAAGAGAAGAUCAAUUCUAUAAUUCUAAGGGGUUGUGUUAAUAUUACAGCUGAGACGCUUGAGAAAGUUCUUCUUUCAUUUCCUGGUUUAUUUACAGUGGACAUUAGAGGGUGCAACCAGUUUGGAGAGCUGACUCUUAAAUUUGCAAAUGUGAAAUGGAUCAAGAGCCGGAGUUCAUACUUGACUAAAAUUUCCGAGGAUCCUCACAAAAUUAGAAGUCUUAAACACAUUACAGAGCUAGCCUCAUCUGUUUCCAAAUCCAGCAGUAUAGGUAUAGAUGAUUUUGGGCAAUUGAAGGACUAUUUUGAUAGUGUGGAUAAGAGAGAUACCAAGCAAUUGUUCCGUCAAAACUUGUACAAGCGAUCAAAACUAUAUGAUGCUAGAAAGUCCUCCUCCAUUCUAUCGAGGGAUGCUCGAACAAGACGUUGGGCAAUCAAGAAAACUGAAAGUGGUUAUAAGAGGAUGGAGGAAUUCCUUGCUUCAAGACUCCGUGAAAUUAUGAAGACAAACUCUUGUGACUUUUUUGUGCCCAAGGUUGCAGAAAUUGAGGCUAAAAUGAAAAAUGGUUAUUAUAGUAGCCGUGGGUUGAAUUCUGUGAAAGAGGACAUAAGUAGAAUGUGUCGUGAUGCCAUAAAAGUGAAGAAUCGGGGUGAUGCUAGUUACAUGAAUCAUAUUAUCACCCUGUUUAUUCAGCUUGCAACACGGCUGGAAGAGAGUUCUAAAUCUGUGCAUGAGAGAAAUCUACUGAAAUCGUGGGACAAUGACUUGCCUGCAGUGUCCUGCUCUACUCUGUCAAAGUAUAAGAAGAAUAGGUUAGUGAAUGAAAGGAAGUAUAGGAGUAAUGGUACACAUGGUUUGGAUAAUGUGGAAUAUACCUCUGAUCGAGAAAUUAAGAGGCGAUUAUCAAAGUUGAACAAAAAAUCGAUGGACUCAGAGAGUGAAACAUCUGAUGAUGAUCUAGAUAUGUCUUAUGAAGAUGGAAAGAGUGACAGUGAUACUACAACCUCUGAUACUGAAAGUGAACGAGAAGUACAUUCCGAAAGUCUGAUUAGGGAGUCAAGAGGGGAAGGAUUCUUGACAUCUGAGGAAGAGUUGGAUUUUAUAACUGAUGAUCGAGAAUGGGGUGCACGCAUGACAAAAGCAAGUUUGGUUCCUCCAGUUACCAGGAAAUAUAAAGUCAUUGAUCAAUAUUGCAUUGUAGCUGACGAAGAGGACGUACGAAGGAAGAUGAGGGUUUCAUUGCCAGACGACUAUGCUGAGAAGCUGAGUGCACAAAAGAAUGGCACUGAGGAGUCAGAUAUGGAACUUCCUGAAGUGAAAGAUUACAAACCUAGAAAGCAGCUAGGAUAUGAGGUUAUUGAGCAAGAAGUUUAUGGAAUUGAUCCUUUUACACACAAUCUUUUGCUUGAUUCUAUGCCAGAGGAGUUAGAUUGGGCUCUGCCAGAUAAGCAUUUGUUUAUAGAAGAUACACUCCUUCGAACAUUGAAUAAGCAAGGUAGAAAUUUUACUGGAACUGGAAGCACUCCAAUGAGCUACCCAUUGCGGCCUGUUGUUGAAGAUAUUAAAAGACAAGCCGAGGAGGAUUGUGACGCAAGAAUGGUUAAAAUGUGUCAAGGUAUUCUGAAGGCCAUGGACAGUCGUCCAGAAGACAAAUACGUAGCUUAUAGGAAGGGGCUUGGUGUUGUUUGCAACAAGGAAGAAGGAUUUGCGGAAGAUGAUUUUGUUGUGGAGUUUCUGGGAGAGGUUUAUCCUGUGUGGAAGUGGUUUGAAAAACAAGAUGGGAUUCGAUCUCUGCAGAAAGAUAGUAAAGAUCCAGCACCAGAAUUCUACAACAUCUACCUUGAGAGGCCAAAGGGUGAUGCUGAUGGGUAUGACUUAGUUGUUGUUGAUGCCAUGCAUAUGGCUAAUUAUGCCAGUCGAAUAUGUCAUUCGUGCAGACCUAACUGUGAAGCCAAGGUUACUGCCGUUGAUGGUCAAUAUCAAAUUGGUAUUUAUAGUGUUCGUAAAAUUCAACAUGGUGAGGAGAUCACUUUUGACUACAAUUCUGUAACGGAGAGCAAGGAGGAGUAUGAAGCUUCGGUUUGUUUGUGUGGAAGCCAAGUAUGCCGUGGGAGCUAUCUGAAUUUGACUGGUGAAGGGGCUUUCCAAAAGGUUCUGAAGGACUCUCAUGGAAUUCUUGAUCGGCAUUAUUUGAUGCUAGAAGCUUGUGAAUUAAAUUCUGUGUCUGAAGAGGACUAUAAUGACCUUGGAAGAGCUGGUUUAGGCAGUUGUUUGCUUGGAGGCCUGCCAGAUUGGCUUGUUGGUUAUGCGGCUCGCCUUGUGAGAUUUAUCAAUUUUGAACGAACAAAACUUCCUGAAGAAAUUCUAAAGCAUAAUCUGGAAGAAAAAAGAAAAUAUUUUUCGGACAUAUGUCUUGAAGUUGAAAGGAGUGAUGCCGAAGUUCAGGCUGAGGGUGUUUACAACCAAAGGCUUCAGAAUCUUGCUGUCACUCUUGAUAAGGUACGGUAUGUCAUGAGAUGUAUUUUUGGCGAUCCACGGAAAGCACCACCUCCUCUUGAGAAGCUCAGUCCUGAAGCAACUGUUUCCUUCCUCUGGAAAGGUGAGGGUUCAUUUGUUGAGGAGCUUCUUAAGUGCAUCGCUCCUCAUAUUGAAGAAGAGAUCUUGAAGGAUCUCAAGCUUAAAAUUCAUGCUCACGAUCCUUCAAAUUCAGUAGAUAUUCAAAAAGAGCUUCGGAAAUCUUUGUUAUGGCUUAGGGACGAAAUCCGAAAUCUUCCUUGUACAUAUAAAUGUCGGCAUGAUGCUGCUGCUGACUUAAUCCAUAUUUAUGCUUAUACCAAGUACUUCUUUAGGAUACAGAAUUAUCAAGCGAUUACAUCACCACCUGUCUAUAUUAGUCCACUUGACUUAGGUCCCAAGUACACUAACAAGUCGGGAGCAGAAUUUCAGGAGUAUCGAAAGAUAUAUGGCGAAAAUUAUUGUUUAGGACAGCUGAUAUUUUGGCAUAACCAGAGUAAUGCUGAUCCAGAUCGGAGCCUGGCUAGAGCUAGCAGGGGUUGCUUGUCUUUACCAGAUACCAGUUCCUUUUAUGCCAAGGCGCAGAAGCCCUCUCGACAUUGUGUUUAUGGUCCAAGGACCGUGAGAUCUAUGCUUGCUAGAAUGGAGAAGCAGCCGCAGAGAUCUUGGCCCAAAGACCGGAUAUGGUCAUUCAAAAGUUCUCCGAAAUUCUUUGGUAGCCCGAUGUUAGAUGCUGUAGUAAAUAACUCUGCACUGGACAGGGAGAUGGUUCAUUGGUUGAAGCACAGACCUGCCAUAUUCCAAGCCAUGUGGGACCGUUAAAAUUUUACAUGGUUUGGAGAAUUUUGGUCAGAGCACGCUCGAUAAAGCAGCUACUUUUAGAUGUGGAAUGGUUCAUCCUUCAGAGCUGCCUGCCUGUUUUAGCCUGGGUGGGGGGUCUGUAAUUAUUAAUCCAAAAGCGUCGUUCCUUGUACCGCUUUUCAGUCAUUCUUGUGUACAGUUUUGUUGGCCAUUGAUUUGUAAUUCAUUUGAUUGUAGGGCAUUGUUUUUACUUACAUUUAUGUAAUAUGAAAUGAUAGUUAGGAAGAAAAAAGAAAGGUUAUUUCCCGUCA